UCCAUUAUCGUCCCAAGCUGAUGAAGGCCGUGUUUUGACGAGAGGAUGGUCCGUGUAAAUAGGUUAUCUACAGGUUUUUCCUCUGUCACAGAUGUAAGUUACUUCGAUGGCUUCAAUCGCAAAUCCGGGAGUGUUCUUCCCUGUCAACAAGCAACCAUAUCGCAUCGCAAAGUUCUCCUUUUCAUCUUGUUUUGCAGCUAGUACCAGAGCAAGAGCUUCCAGAAUGACGAAAGAAGAGUUCCUGGCAAGACCCAUCGAUGAGGAAUGGGAGAAAGCCAGGCGGCAGGAGACGGCGGACUUGGAGAGAAGGCGGCGCGAGGAAGACGAAGAAGAAGUGAGGCUAGCGCUCGAGUACCGAAGGAUUGGGUCGAGCCUUAAGAACUAUCCGCAAGAGGAGGUGAAUAAGGCAAGACGGCUCGUAGCCAACUUGAUCAAGUCGGGCGAGGAGAUCGAAGAGAUGAUUGUCGAGGCUGGCGAUAAUGAAGAACUCACUCCACUGUUGCUUCUGGUGAUCAAGAGUCGGCUGGAGCUGGCACGGCAAGACGACGAGAGAGAGGCUGUGGAAGCUCUGGAUCUACUGCACAGACGAGUUGAGUACGAAAUCAUGAAGAGGCAGGCGAGCCCCUCAAUGCGUUUGCUCAAUGAGUUGCUAAACUUGCACGAUGGAACCGAUGACACCGAGUGGCUGCGAAAGGCCCGGCACCGGAUGCUGAAAGCUUUUCCCCCGGAGCAUGCCUUCACCAUCCUUGCACCUCGGGGCUUUGAUCUCUCCUCGCACCAUGGUCCAAUCGACGCACCAGUAGAGGGCGACGACGACGACGUUCUCCUCCGCAUCGACUUCAUAAGAGAAGUGAACCAGCUCGUCAAGGAAGUGGAAGCUCAAAUCCAUUCCCAUGAAGUGGAAGACCUGGACACUGAUGCUGUGGCGCUGCGGCUCAGGCUGGAAGACAAGAAGCGAAACUUGCAAUACGUGAAAGAUCUGCUUGAGGUAGCUAUAGCGCUGAAAUGGUAACUUAGUAAAGUGGUAUACAUUUAACUGAGCAUGUUUUACAUAGCUUA